AUGGCUAUCAAUGCUUCCUCUCCCAACCAUCCUCCCCUCGCCGCUUCUCUUUCUCCACCCUGGACCCAGAUUGUCGCCUCCGCUGCACCUCCUUCCGCCACCGUUGUCGUUGACACUCCCUCCGUCACUCCGGCGGUGGAAGACAUCGACAAUAACUCCGGUGAAAACAAUGCCAAUAUUGGCCAGAGCCAGAGGAUUGUUUGGAACAAACCCUCCAAUGCUUCUUCUUCUUCGGUCAUGGAUGCUGAAUCAUGGCCUGCCUUGUCUGAAUCCGCCAAAGCUCCGGCGAAAUCACCACCACCGCCAUCACUAGAAGUGGGGGAAAGUUCUUUGGAUGCAUCAACCUUGCCUCAAUUGCAGGGUACUGGAACCAUGCUUCCCUUUCCACGUGACCGAGUUAGGGAUACUGCUAGCAUGAACAAUAGACCUCCAAUGCCAAUUCAUCAGAGACCUUAUAGGCGUCCGAAUCCGAACAUGACUUCCAAUGGAGGUUAUCCGUCGCAAUUCUCUGCGCCUCAAGGUUCCAUUGCUGUCCCACCAGGUUCACACAACCAUGCUCCAAAUUAUUAUCCACCUAGAGCUGGAUUUGUGCCUAAUGAUCAACCACAUCACCGAAAUUCAUUCAAGUACCGGGGUGGUGGUCAACAUCAACGCGGAGAUGGUUUUCAUCAUCAAAAUUAUGGGGGCAGGCGUGACCAAGUCCGUGGAAAUCAGGACUUGAAUGCUCACCAGAGGAACAAUUAUAGGUCUCCAAGCUUUGUUCCACCAUUUGUAAGGCCUCCACCGCCUGCUAAUACUGCACAAUAUUAUGUUCCUCCACCACCACAACCAGUAUGGCCUUUUGGUGGCUCAUAUGGAUAUUACGAACCACCGUCUCAAGUGUUAUAUAGACCAUCUAUGCCCAUGGAGCCGUUAGGAGGUGUUCCGUUUGUGCCAUCGAUACCACCUAAUGCAAUGACUUAUCAACCUUUUGAUCCCAAAUUGUAUACUAAGAUUGUCAGCCAAAUUGACUACUAUUUCAGUGAUCAAAAUUUAAUCAAUGAUGUUUACUUGAAAGGGAUAAUGGACAAUCAGGGCUGGGUUCCUUUAAAUUUAAUAGCAGGGUUCAAACUAGUCGCACAUUUGACUGACAAUAUUCAGAUUGUAUUUGAUGCUGUUCGGACUUCAUCUGUGGUUGAAAUGCAGGGUGGCAAAAUAAGGAGGCGACAUGGUUGGUGGAAAUGGAUCACGCCUUCUACUCAGUCUGAGAAUGUUACAAGCUCCGAAGCUGUUGGAGAGCUAGCAAAUAGAGUCCAAAACAUUGAUCUGGAAAAAACUGAAAACCAAGAUCACUCAGCAUCUGCACAAAAUUAG